AUGAAUACUCUCGAUAUCUGUCGACUCGUUGAAGAUUCUGGAUUGGGACUUUGUGCACCUAUCAAGCAGUACCGUCAGCCUCUUGUUGACAGUGAUUUAACAUCUGGCUGCUCGCGUACCCCAAUUAAUAAGGUACAUGACUCCAUCCUUGAACCAACAUCGGCUCGAAGCCCCAACGCCGAACCCGCGAGUCACCCCGCCACCCCUCCAUCCCACCCCUCCAUCUCUUCCGCCCGCGACUCGGCCUAUGGGCGCAGAAUCCCGCGAAUUCCUGAUAGCUGGGCCGGAAAUAUUACAGAUUCUCGCGUGGCAGCCACUCAGUGCGCACUGGUGCAUUCCAUCUCUUCAGAGCCCGCGGCUGGCAUGGCUGCGUCGGUCUCCGCCCUUGCGCCGUCCGAAGCGGACCAUGUUGUCGGAAGGGAAGCGGCUAGGAGAAUGUUCUUAAUGCUCCAGCGUGUCGUCUCUGCCAGAGGCCAACUGCAGAUCUGGAGACUAUGCAUCCGUGGCAGUGACAACCUGUAG